AAAAAAAAAAAUUUUGAAUUUUGGACGCUUUGGCAAGGUUUUUAUGUUUCACGCCUUCAGUCCGAAAUCAGAAAACCCUAUAUUGUUCUAUUUAUCUUCUUCUUCCUUCUUUCUUCUCUUGAGAGAGAGAAACUGAAUCGAAUCGAUUGCCAUGGGAACCCCGGAGGCAUCACGCGAGCCCUGCCCUGAUCGCAUCUUCGACGACAUAGGCGGCGCUUUCGGCAUGGGAGCCGUCGGAGGCUCUGGCUUUCACUUCAUCAAGGGUUUCUUCAACUCUCCCAAGGGUUCACGCCUCGUCGGCGCGUCACAGGCAGUGCGUCUCAACGCGCCGAGACUGGGCGGAAGCUUUGCGGUUUGGGGUGGACUCUUCUCCGCCUUCGACUGCACCUUGGUCUAUGUACGUCAGAAGGAGGAUCCAUAUAACUCAAUCAUGUCUGGAUUCGCCGCCGGAGGAUUUCUCGCCAUGCGUCAGGGACCCGCCGCCGCCAUGCGCUCCGCCAUGUUCGGUGGUAUUUUGCUGGCGCUUUUUGAAGGAGCUGGGAUCAUGCUCGCCAAGUUCACCACACUAUCGCAGAUGCCGCCUCUAACGGAGGAGGAGCCUAUGCCGACCAAUUACCCUUCAGGUGUCGGAUUUCCGGGUCAGCUCGGUUCUCAGCCUUCUCCGCCGAUGGUCUCGGAAUCGGAGGCUAAAACUUCUUGGUUUGGUCGAUUCUUCGAUGGAGGGAAGAAGGAGGAGCCGUCGUCUGGUGGCGGCGGAAGCCAAACGAAGAUUCUGGAGAGUUUUGAUGCCCCACCGGUGCCGAAUUUUGAGUACAAGUGAAAGAAACAAAAAAGAAAAGGAGAAAUAAGUGGUCUUGGUGGGAAACAAAUUCAAGGUUUAGGGUUAGGAUAUUUUUUGGGGUUAAUUUAUUAACCGAGAUUAAUGUAUAAGCCAAGUAUAGUUUUCAAUUAACUUGUUCUUUUUAAAGUAUGAACCUUUUAGAAGGAUAAAUGGAUUCAGGUGGUAUUAUACUCUGGAA